AUGGAUGGUGACUUUGUUAUUGGAGGUGUUUUUUCUAUGCACUACAAACUGCACACAGUGAUUUACAAUUACACCACUAAGCCUGAAGCUUUAAGAUGCACAGGGAGCAUGAAUGUUCGCAAUUUGCGUGACUCUCGUGCAAUGAUCUUUGCCAUUGAGGAAAUAAACAACAGUACAGAACUGCUGCCAGGCAUCAAACUGGGAUAUCAGAUCUACGACUCAUGCUCCUCGGUGCCUGGGGCUGUAGAUGUUGCUUUUCAACUAUCAGAAAAUAAGGACCCAGUGUUUUAUAAAGGUAGCAAUUGUUCCCAGUCUGGUUUGGUAAUGGCUGUUGUUGGAGAUUCUGGAUCAUCGCAAUCCAUUGGCAUAUCACACAUUUUUGGGUCCUUUAACAUCUCACAGGUGAGUCAUUUUGCCACCUGUGCCUGCCUGUCAGAUAAGCAGAAGUACCCAACAUUUUUUAGAACAGUCCCCAGUGAUCAGUUCCAAGUUGAUGCGCUGGUAAAGCUGGUGAAACACUUUGGGUGGACUUGGAUUGGUACUGUUUACUCAGACUCAGAUUAUGGAAAUUAUGGCAUGGCGUCUUUUCUUCCGGCUGCAAAGAAAGAGGGGAUCUGUGUGGAGUACUCCGAAUCAUUCUAUCGAACCGACCCACAUAGUAAGAUCCAGAGAAUAGCUGAUGUUAUCCGCAGGUCAACAGCAUUAGUUGUUGUUGCUUUUCUAUCCAAUGGAGAUAUGAAUGUCCUGUUAGGGGAGCUGGCUCAGCAGCCUUCACCACCUCGUCAGUGGGUAGGAAGCGAGUCCUGGGUAACUGAUCAACUCUUGAUGGGUUUCAGUUUUGGUGCAGGGUCCAUCGGAGUUGGCAUUCAGCCAUCUGUCAUUCCAGGCCUGAGAGACUUCCUGCUGGAUCUCUCUGCAAGUGAAGUAGCUGCCUCUUCCCAACUUACUGAGUUCUGGGAGGAUGCAUUCAACUGUACACUGACUAAAAAUGCUUACCUAGACAAGAAAGUGUGUGAUGGAACAGAAGACCUAAAAUCACUUGUAAGCCCGUACACCGAAACAUCUCAACUAAGAACUACUAACAUGGUGUACAAGGCUGUUUAUGCAAUAGCUCAUGCCAUUCACAACGCAGUGUGUCAGAAAACAAAACUAAUUACUCAAUGCAACAAACACAUCCAACUGGAACCAAAAGAUAUCCUUAAUGAACUAAAGACUGUAAACUUCUCCCACAAUGGUUAUCCUGUAUCAUUUGAUGCUAAUGGAGAUCCUGUGGCUUUUUAUGAGCUGGUCAACUGGCAGAUGAGUGAGAGUGGAGUUAUGGAGUUGGUAACAGUAGGAUACUAUGAUGCAUCACUGCCAAAAGGCCAGGAGUUACAAAUCAACAGGAACAUAACCUGGGUGGAGGGUGUAACUAAAGUACCAGUGUCAGUGUGCUCUAGGAGUUGUCCUCUUGGAACUCGAAAAGUGUUGCAGAAAGGAAAGCCCAUCUGCUGUUAUGACUGUAUACCAUGUCCUGAUGGAGAGAUCAGUGUUAUAACAGAUUCUCCUGAAUGCUUCUCAUGUCCUGGUGAAUUCUGGCCUAAUGCAGAAAAAAAUGCUUGUUUUCCUAAACCUGUAGAGUUUCUGUCUUUUGAUGAAGUGUUAGCAAGCAUCCUUGCUGCAUUUUCUAUUAUUGGAGCCUGUCUGGCCAUAAUAACAGCAGUUAUUUUCUUUCGUCACAGAUCAACUCCAGUUGUUAAAGCCAACAACUCUGAGCUGAGCUUCUUGUUGCUCUUCUCUCUGACUCUGUGUUUCUUAUGUUCAUUAACUUUCAUUGGAGCUCCCUCUGAGUGGUCCUGCAUGCUGAGACACACAGCGUUUGGAAUAAUCUUUGUUCUCUGUAUCUCCUGUGUUCUAGCAAAAACUGUAGUGGUUUUAAUGGCCUUCAAAGCUACACUUCCUGGUAGUAAUGUCAUGAAAUGGUUUGGGCCUCCACAACAAAGGAUGACUGUAGUAUUUUUCACAUUUAUUCAGGUUUUAAUUUGUACUGUUUGGUUGUUACUCAGUCCUCCUUUCCCAUUGAAAAACCUGAGCACAUCCAAGGAGAAGAUCAUCCUGGAAUGUGCAUUAGGCUCUGCUGUUGGCUUCUGGGCUGUGCUCGGCUACAUUGGCCUGCUGGCUGUUUUUUGCUUUGUGUUAGCUGUUCUAGCUCGGAAACUACCUGAUAAUUUUAAUGAAGCCAAGCUGAUAACCUUCAGCAUGCUGAUAUUCUGUGCAGUGUGGAUCACCUUCAUCCCAGCAUAUGUCAGCUCUCCUGGAAAAUUUACUGUGGCUGUGGAGAUAUUUGCCAUCCUGGCCUCCAGUUUUGGACUGAUACUGUGUAUAUUUGCUCCAAAGUGUUUCAUCAUAAUGUUUCAGCCAGAGAAGAACUCUAAGAAAUAUUUGUUGAACAAAAUUUAA